AUGGAGGGCUCAUCUUUCCAUCGCGAGGUGGCCCAAGGCCUCACGCAGUUCUACACAAAGUUAGCCACGACACCUUACCUGUCGCCUGACGACAUCCAACACCCCCCGCCAGAGGGAUGGAGUGACGCUGAGCUGGACAUGGAUGGCCUGAGAACCACAUUAUGCCGGUCCGAUACCGUCGUGGACCUCCUGCGCCACCUUCCCUACUUGCAACCUGUCGGCGCAGGCGAUCAAACGGAUCAAUGUCUUAUCUUCCCGAAAAGUAAGGCUAUGCGCUACUUGCGGCAAGAUGGCUCGCUGGCAGAUGAGCACUUAGAGGGCUUGUUUGAACUGGCCCACCUCCCGUCAGACAUCGUCAGCUUGACGUAUCCUGCGGGGGAGUACACGCUUUACGGCCCGCAAUGGUGGCUUGUGGACUGUAAAACAGGACGUAUCAUCAAGUAUGCGGGACCACCACGCGGCGAGGCGUUGGCAGAGGAGUUCGAGUCAGAGUGGAAGAAGGCACCAUCAUAUACACCUACCGAGUUCUUCGAAAAGACUGCCUCGAUGCUCGGCAAGGACUUCUACCCCAUUCCUGGUCUGAUCGAUGGCAUUGAGCCCGACUUCUCAACCCCCGAUCGCCGAGAGCUUGCGUCCUCUAUGUAUCAGAUUUACAUGCUGGCAGGAUGGCAACACGGCCGCGGACCCGGACCAGCUUUUGACCGCAAGAAGUGCCGGAAUGAUUUGAAGGUUUUCUUGAAGUAUCGACAAGAACGCGAGUCGCGAAAGCGAAAGGCAGAGGCCGGCCGUCAUGGUCCCAGACUGCCACCUCGGGAAAGAAGAGGUCCUGCGACAUACACGUCUGGCUAUGACCGGGACGUCAUAGUUGCUGGCCUGACGAGGUACUACGAGACACUGGCCCAGAUGGCCUUCUUUCCUGCGUCGCUCAUCCAGUAUCCGCCAGGCGGACGCUGGGGUGAUGAUGCUUUCCUGCCGGCCGAUAAGACACGCCUCCUGGGCUUCAACGACCGUGUCAUUGACCUGUUGCGGCAUCUUCCGUAUCUCGAUGUCGACGAGACGCACGAAGACAACCGCUGGCCUGUCAUUGGGCGUAGCGAGCCGCAGCGCUAUCUCGAGGACAACCCGGGGCUGAACGAGGACCUCACCGCGGACAAGGCCACUCCUGAGCGCCUAUGCGCCCAUGGUCUCUUCCCUUUCCCUGAGAAGAUGCCUGACGGUCUAGUUCCCAUUGCUGGCGGAAGCGCCGACGGUAGCGGCAUCGGCGAGUGGUGGAUCAUAGAUACUAACGCCGGCACAAUCAUCGUCUACGAUGCUGGCAACAGGCAAGUUCAGGAUGCCCCGGACGAUCAGCCGUGGCUAUGGACGCCACCACGACCUGCUGGGCCGUACUUCCAUGCACUCGUUGACAGCCUGUAUUCCCUCGACUUGGUGCCUUUGCCUCGCCCCGACACGGAGGACGCAGAGUAUUAUCCCGAGGUGUGGGGUGCAAUCCGAGAGGACGAUGCGAAAGGGCAAGUAUCAGACACUGAAAUAGAGGACGCUCGCGACAUAUAUCGUAAGCAUGGAUGGCCAGACCUGGCCAGGUUCCGCCAACAGGAGUGCUACGAUGCUUUGGUGGAAUUUCGAACGAAGCUACUGGAGGAGGAUGAGGAAGAAGAUCAUGGGCCUGCUUGA